AUGACACAAAUGUAGGUACCUCCCCUCAACCCUCACCAGUGGCCACAUGCUUGCUCAUUUAGCCAGCUGACUCGCUCCCCCACAUUCUUCGCACCUCGGCGGGGCAGGCGAGCUGUACAAGUCAAAGGCACCGGCAAGACCGCCAAUGAUCUCUACAUCGAUAAAGUCCAGCGUCCCAAGCCUCAAAAAGGGCAGGUCCUGGUCAAGGUACGUCGUCGCAUCGCUCAACGCCUCGCAUCACUGCCUCGCUGACGUAAACGGGACGCGACCCCGACACCCCCCACCCCAUUCUCCCUGCUCUCGACGACGAACUUGCAUUGCGCUUCCCAACAACGCCCAAUUGACGUUCCAGGUCAAUGCAUUCGGGCUGAACCGUAUGGAUAUUAUGCAACGACAGGGCUUGUAUCCUCUACCUCCCGGCGUGACCGACAUCCUCGGCGUCGAGUUCAGCGGCGUCGUCGAAGAAACCGCCGGCACAAAGUUCAACAAGGGUGACGCCGUUUUUGGCCUCGCGUACGGCGGAGCUUAUGCCGAGUACAUCUGCGUCGCCGAAGGCAUGGUCACCGUCAAACCUGAGGGCGUGACCGACGUCCAGGCGGCCGCGAUCUGCGAAAAUUGGUUGACCGCGUACCAGGCCUUGUACUGGAUCGGUGAGACCAAGCCCAACCAGUCCGUCCUCAUCCAUGCUGGAGGGAGUGGUGUCGGGCUCGCUGCCAUUCAAUUGGCCAAGACAUUCGGAGCGUGAGUCAUUCUCCCGAAGUUCUCCAGCUUGAUCGCCUUCGGCUUGGGCUCAUCCGUGCCCGCUCCCGCUCCAGCUCGAAGAUCUUUGCGACAGCUGGCUCGGACGACAAGGUCAAGUUCGUCGAACAGCAUGGUGCCACUUGCUUCAACUACAAGACCCAAGAUUGGGCCGAGGAGGUAUGCCCGCCAUCUUAUGCAUAAUUACAGAUGAUGAGGAGACAGUCUGCUGAGCCCGACUGCACACUCUGCUGUACCGAACCAGAUCUCGAAAGCCACGGACAAGGCCGGUGUGAACGUCAUCAUCGAUCUCGUCGGUGCAUCCUACUGGGAGAAGAACAUCGCCUCGCUGCAACGCGACGGCCACCUCGUGCUCGUCGGUCUCGUCGGAGGCAGGCAAACCGAAAAGCCUCUCGACCUGGGCAUGCUCUUGUUCAAACGAUUGAGGGUCCAAGGUGGGUCUCUUCGUACGACGAAUUGUAUUGGGGGGCUGACCACUUUUCCAUCCAACCCCGGCCACGAUGCAGGAACAACCCUUCGCUCACGCUCGCUCGAGUACCAGUCCGAGUUGCUCGCCGAGUUUUCCGAGAAAGCGCUUCACAAGCUGUUCUCCAAGUGCAACGGCCAGAGCGGCCUCGACCUCGUCAUCCACAAGGUCAGUUACCUUUGCAUUAGACUAAGGUCAUCUUAUUUUGUGCAAGUCGCUGAUCCUCUGUGGAUCGUGUGGGCGUUGCCAGGUGUACAAUUGGGAGGAGAUUAGUGACGCGCACAAGGAGAUGGAGGAUGCUAAAAACACUGGCAAGAUCAUUUGCACGGUGCCGAGCUCGUAA